UGGUCCUAUUAAUGCAUGUGUCUCUUUUAGGAAUUCUUCUGUCUUCAUAUUUUUGGUUUAAGAUACCACGAAUUUGACCAUCCAAGAACCUCUCUCUCUCUCUCACACACACACAGAGGAACAUGAACUAGUGUCAUCUCACUAUACUAGCACUGGUAUAAUGAAGAUCUUUGCAAUUCUUCUUCUUCUUUCUCCUCUUUUUCUUUUGGGUGUCCUGGUUGUCGAGUCCCAGUGCACAAAAAACCCAGUUAUUUUCAACUUUGGGGACUCCAAUUCGGACACUGGUGGCUUAUCUGCUGGAACUGGAUCCAUUUUUGGACCACCUAAUGGCAGGGCAUUCUUUCACUCUUCCACUGGUGGUCGAUUAUCUGACGGUCGCCUAGUUAUCGAUUUUCUCUGUGAACACAUUCAUACAAGCUAUUUGACACCAUACUUGCAAUCUUUGGAUCCAAAUUUUAGUAACGGAGCAAAUUUUGCGAUUAGUGGCGCAUCCACUCUACCUGAAUACGUUCCCUUCUCUUUAGAUGUUCAAAUCCUUCAGUUUCGCAGAUUCCGGUCUCUCUCUAUUGAACUUGUAUCUCGAGGUAAGAAAGGUUUUGUGAACAAACGAGGGUUUGAAAACGCGCUAUACACUUUCGAUAUCGGGCAAAAUGACCUUUCUGGUGCAUUCGGAUACUUAUCGUACAACCAAGUAGUCCAGAGAAUUCCAUUAUUCAUUGCUGAAAUCAAAUCUGCUAUUUGGUCUAUAUAUCAAAAUGGUGGAAAGAAUUUCUGGAUACAUAAUACUGGUCCAUUGGGAUGUUUGCCUCAAAGACUCUCUUCAACAAAUCAUAGUUCGGCAGAUCUUGACCAACAUGGAUGCCUUCGAACACUUAAUGACGCUGCGAAAGCCUUUAAUGAAAAAUUGCACGCCCUUUGCGAAGAGUUAAGAUCCGCAAUGAAGAAUGCAACUAUUGUCUAUACGGAUAUCUUUGCCAUCAAAUAUGAUCUCAUAGCCAACUCUGCAAAAUAUGGUUUCAAGAAUCCAUUAAUGGCAUGCUGUGGAUAUGGAGGGCCACCUUACAACGUGAACAAUAAGGUUGGAUGUGGUCAAACUGGUUACAACGUGUGCGCACAAGGAACACAAUGCAUCAGCUGGGAUGGUGUUCAUUACACCGAAGCUGCCAAUUCAUUUGUUGCAUCCAGAAUAUUAUCUACAAAUUACUCUACACCGAAACUCAAAUGGGAUUAUUUCUGUAAUACCUGAUCUUCACUAUAUAAUUCAUCAACUACUCAAAUAAGCAAGACCAUGAGAAUCUGGUUCCAAGUUUAGAACCAAAUAUAUGGAGUAUUUGGUCGUACAGUUUUGUACUGUUAAUGCAUUUUAUAUAUAAAUGAAGAUAGACAGCAAAACACUUGGAACACAUGAGCUUGUAAAAUAAGUGAUCAAGACA